GCCCUCUGUUUCUCUCUCCUCUCGCAUUCAGAGAGUAGCAGAGGAUCAGAGGGUGCGCCACUGAACCCUCUCUCUGUCUCAUAAGAUCCUAAUCGUCCACCUUCUUUUUCUCCAUAUUCAGGUUAUUGAAGCAAUCUUUGGCUUUUCUCCCCAUAUUUCCAGUUUUGGGCUAAGUGCUGAGAGGUUUCUAGGAUUGGUUUUUAGGCCUUAAUGGGGAAAAAGGUGAAGAAGAAGACACGCACUGUUCAGAAGGAGAAGCGAGUUUCUACUGCUUCUCCAACAACUGUCUCCCAACCGAGCAUUCUAAGCGCUGAGACUGCUGAUGAUGCUGUUUCAGCUGUAAAAGAGAGAAAGACAUGUGCCCAUCUUGAUAAGGGUAUUGAUUUGGAUAAACUUUCUUCGAAGCUUAGGUCUUCGGAACCCAUUAGAUGUGAAGAUUGUAGGGAAGGCGUGGUUGAUAGAAGGGCAGUCAAGGGAAAAGGUAAGCAUGGAAAGAAUAAGGGAGGUGGUGGGUCUGUGGAUUCAAAAUCAAAUUCUAAAGCCAUUUGGGUCUGUUUGGAGUGUGGACAUUUUUCAUGUGGAGGGGCUGGAUUGCCAACCACACCUCAGAGCCAUGCUGUUCGGCAUGCCAAACAAAACCGACAUCCAUUGGCCGUCCAAUUUGAAAACCCCUAUCUGUUAUGGUGUUUCCCGUGCAGUAAACUGAUUCCUGUUCAAAAAUCAGAAGAGAAUAGUAAAGAGAAAGAUGUGUUGCAUGACAUUGUGAAGUUAAUAAAAGGACAACCAGCUGAAGGAUACUCAAACUUGGAUGCUGAGAAUGUCUGGUUUGGGAAUGGCAGUGUCACAAGUGAGAUGAAAUCAGAAAACAUCGUAUCAACUAGUAUUGAUAGCGGAGGUUAUGUUGUUAGAGGUCUGGUUAAUUUGGGGAACACUUGUUUCUUCAAUUCAGUCAUGCAGAAUCUUUUGGCAAUGGAUAGGUUGCGGGAUUAUUUCUUGAAACUGGAAGAAACUGUUGGGCCCCUUACUGUCUCCAUGAAGAAGCUCUUCAGUGAGACAAGUCCAGAGAGUGGCUUGAGAAAUGUGAUACAUCCAAGAUCCCUUUUUGGGUGUCUUUGUGCCAAGGCUCCCCAAUUUAGGGGAUAUCAACUGCAUGAUAGUCAUGAAUUGCUUCGUUGUUUGCUUGAUGGGUUGUAUGCUGAAGACUCAGCUGCAAGAAAACAAGCUAAAUCUUCUCAGGAAGUUGGGAAGUCUCCAUCUCCGCCUUCUACUUUUAUAGAUACCAUCUUUGGUGGACAACUCUCUAGUACUGUGACUUGUUUGGAAUGUGGACAUUCUUCAGUAGUUCAUGAGCCAUUUUUGGAUCUUUCACUGCCAGUUCCAACUAAGAAACCUUUGUCUAAGAAGGCACAACCAGUUUCACAAGCCAAGAAACCAAAAGUUCCUCCAAAGAGAAGUGGAAGAAUUCGUUCAAAAGUUCACAGAGAUGCAAAUCCUUCACUAGGUCGGACUGUUUCAGAUCCGUCAAUUGGUGGCCAGUCUUCUUGGCAAGGACAGUCUGGUGACCCUGUGGCAGAAAACACAGUGGCUUUUUCAGGUGAUUCUACAUCUUUGGAGUCUGUUGCCCCAACUGCAGCCGACAGCAAUGGUUCAGCUUUGCAUAUGGUCUCAACUACUCAAGAAUCUGAAAACAAGCAAUUCCUUGAGGAUGUUUCACGCCAUGAUUCGAUGUGGAUGGAUUAUCUCGAGCUUGGGGCAAUUUCAGAUUCCCAGGAUAUGGCUUCACAAAUUAAUGAUAUUUCUGAGAUUCAGGAUUCUGGAAAUAAGGAUGGUGUUCAGAAUAAUGUUGAAAAUACAGUAGAAACUAGUAAGGAGAUUCAUCCAAUAUAUACGGAGGGAACAGCACCUUCAUCAGGUGAUUUGAUAUGGUUGGAUUACUGUGAACCAGAUAAAUUGUCAGAUGGCAAUGCUAUGGUAUCACAAAGCAAUGAUGCCUCAGAAAUUCAAGCUUCUGAAAAUAAGGAUACUGUUCAGGGUGAGGUUAUUGAAAAGCUUAGCUUAGAAUCUUGCAGUCAGGUUUGUUCUAUGGAAUCAAAUCUUAAAGUGGAUCAUUCCGAGAAUUUUUGGGAAGAUGAGGCUCCAUUACAGGUGCAACAUUCUGAAAUUCUGUUGCUUCCAUACAAAGAAGAUACCUCAGCUAGUGGUGAGAUAUCGAGAGGAGACGGUGAGGUUUCCUCGUCAGCUCUUGGUUGUGAACCAGAUUUGUUAGAUUUUGAUGGCUUUGGAGACUUAUUUAAUGAACCUGAGGCUGCUGCAGGACCUAGUGUGAAGCCCUUGUCAAGUGACAAUGCUACUGAGGCAAAUGAGGUUGCGGAUGUUGGUUUUUUGGCCAAAAACAGCAGCGAGUCUGAUCCAGAUGAGGUUGAUCAUACUGAUUCUCCUGUUUCCAUUGAUAGUUGUUUGGCUCAUUUCACAAAGCCAGAGCUUCUCUCCAAAAAUGAGCAUGCUUGGCAAUGUGAAAGUUGUUCAAAAGCUCUACAUGAACAAAGGAUGAAAUUGAAGAAAAAACUGCAGAAACCUACAUCAAGUUUGGUGGUAAGUGGAGGAGAGAAUAGAAAUCCAAAUGCUCCUUUGGGUUUUAGCGAGGAUUGCCUUUUGCCUACUGAGGCCAGCAACCUUAUUAAUGGAGAUAUCAAAAGAGAUGCAAUUGAUACUUCUGAUGAAAGCUUGUCAUUACAUAAUGGAACAAUAAAUUCUAUGCGGAGCUGCACACUUGAAACCGGUCAGAAAGCUGAGUCGAACCUGGUAACUUCCCAGUUGGUCAACGGAAAAGUUGAGAUGGACGAUGCACUUCCCAGUCUAUUGAAGUCUUCAAGUUGGUAUAAACCUAGCUGUCAAGCCUGUGAUUCUUGCAGUGUUAAUGAGCCUGGCAGUGCUGGGUGCAACACUGAUAAAGUGCAGAAUGAGGAUGACAUUGAGGAUGAAGAGACAAAUUCUGAGACUGUUAAAGUGAAGAGGGAUGCAACUAAAAGGAUCCUCAUUAAUAGGGCUCCACCUGUCUUGACCUUUCAUCUGAAGAGGUUCAGCCAAGAUGGUCGAGGUCGCUUAAGUAAACUUAAUGGCCAUGUGGUUUUCAAAGACAUAAUUGAUCUCAAGCCAUACAUGGAUCCCAGGUCUGUGGAGAGAGAGAAGUACAAUUACCGUUUGGUUGGGGUGGUUGAACAUUUAGGGAAUAUGAGAGGAGGCCACUAUGUUGCAUACGUGAGAGGAGGUGCAAAGAGCCUAGGGAAGCCUGAGAAAGAAAAUGGAGAAUUUGUCUGGUAUUACACUAGUGAUGGUUACGUGCGCGAGUCUUCCUUGGAAGAAGUUCUUCGUUGUGAUGCCUACAUUUUAUUCUACGAGGAGUUCUGAAACAUAUAUUUGUUAUUCAUUUUUAUCACGCUUCUGGUUGAGCGGGGAUUUAGCACCCCAUGAGAGAGAGGUCCACAGAGAGAGAGAGAGAGAAAGAGUACAGUUACCAUAUGGUUACAUUUGGGAAAAUAUGAGGGGAGGCCACUACGUCCCAUACGCAUGUGAGUCUUCCUAGGAAGUUCUUCGUUGUGACACCUACAUUUUAUCACACGAGGGGUUCUGAAAGAGUGGGGAUUCAGCACCCCAUGAGAGAGAGAGAGAGAGAGAGAGAGAGGUAAGUUUAACGAAAUAUUUAUACCCAUUUUUUUGUUGUGCGCUGAUCUCAAAAAUGUAAAUCUUUAAAGUUUAA